CCCGCCUUAUGCAGAAUUUUUUAAAAACCCCAAGACCACUUCGCGCAACGUACUUAGAUGAAUCUAGAGCGUAAUGUCGGAGAAUGCAGUGUAUAGUACAUAUAUGUACAUACUUCUCGAUGCUGCAUCGCACUCACUGUUCCUGGGCCCCGCCCCGCUUUCAUCUUGAACAACAUCAAGACGUCUCUUUUCUCACCGUAUAUGACAAUCUGAGUUCUCGACCCCACUAUAAAACCCUGAGACUCACAAUUGCUUCAACGUGUGAAUUUUGUUGCCACUUUAUAUCCCUUUUUCUUCUAGAAAACGAAAACCACAAAACGAGUCUAUAGAUUCAUUCCUCCAAGAUUCCUCCUAUACCCUAAAUCAUGCCUGGACCCUCAGACCCGAAGCAACGGAGUCGGAUCGAAGAGGCCUCUACGGGAGAAGAUGUCUUGGUUCGGUUUGAG